AUGCGAGCCAAAAUUAAUUGUAGUUUUGGCCAAUUCCGCUUUUCCAGUGGGAUAAAGCUGCUAGCAAAUGAUAAUUUUAGAUUGUGCGAUCAUGGUAGAAUACAUGAUCACGUGACCAGUGGAGGACAAACGCUGAUAGAUGAAAUGAUAGAGAAAAAAAUUUUUAGUAACAGUGUUCGAAGUUUAAAGUCAGUAAAUAUAAUGUAUGUGACGCAGUUAAUAGAUGAAAAUAAUAGAUUAAAAACAUGGAGACAAAUUACAGGAGAAGCUGGUCGUAGUAGUAAGGGUCGAGUACCAUUAUGGUUUAAUGAAAUAGAAAAAAAGAUGAUUAAAAAUGAUAGCAGAGAAGUACAUAGUGGUUAUGAAUUAAUAAGAGAAGUGUAUAAUAGAUAUAAUAAUAAUAUAGUUUAUGAAAACUAUUGGGAAAAGUUAGAAAGAGAUUUUAUAGGAAGAGACUUGGAAGAAUUAUUAGAAUUUGAUAAUAGAUUUAAUAUAAUGAAAAUGAGUUUUGAAGAUUGUAGAGGUCUUUUGGAAUUAAAGAAUGCAUUUAUGCAAUUAGGUGAUUUUAAACAAGAGAAUAUUAGUUUAUAUACGGACGAAAGUAAAAAAAAUGGAGACAAUGGAAUUGGAUGGGUUGUUAUGGAUGAAAAUAACAUUAUUGGUAAAGGAAGUUUUAAAAUUGAGGGUAAAUAUGAGGUAUGGGAAUUAGAAUUAAUAGCUAUAAUUAUAGGAUUACUAAUAAUUAUGAAGGGUGCAAAGGUGAAUAUUUUUACGGAUAGUCAGGUAGUAUUAGAUUUAUGGUAUAAAUUAAUAGUAGAAAAUAGAAUAUGGUCGACCAGAAGGAUAUGGAACAUUAAAAGUAUUGGAUUAUGGAGAUGGUUAAAAUGGUUGAUGAUAAAAUUAGAGUGGGAUUUGGUUUAUUAUAAAGUUAAAAAGCAUUCAGGUAUUUUAGGAAAUGAAUUGGCUGAUGGGUUGAGUAAAAUUGCGUUAAUGACGAAAGAAGAUAGAAAUUUGAUUAUAAUAAAGUUGAAUCAGGAGAUAGACUGGGAAUAUAAUUUAUAUUGGAAAAAGGAAUUAAUUAAAGAGGCGCCAAGGGAGUUUUAUAAAUUAUAUAAUCAAUGGAGUUAUAAAGCAGAAUUUUUAUCUUUAGACGUGUGUCGAUAUUAUAGAUUCAAUAAUUCAAUAGAAAAGAUUGACUGGGUUCGUUCAAUCAGAAUUAUUAUGAAAGCUUUUAAUGAAGAAAAUACAGAUAAGAAUAAUUCUGAUAAUGCUUAUAAUAUUAAAAAUUUUUUUGAAAUUUUACCUGUGGCAACAUUAUUAAAUAAACGUAAUCCAGAAUUAUAUCAAAGUGGGAGAUGUAUACGUUGUAAUUAUACAAUUGAAACAUGGAUACAUAUUUGGAUAUGUAGUCAGGCAGACACGUCUAUUAUUCAAAUAAUUAAUACAGCUUUUGAAUCUUUAAAAGCUAAGUUAGAUGAGAAGGAUUUUCGGAUUUAUUAUAAUUGUCAUGCACGUUUAUUACACAUUUUGAAUGAAAAGUCGAAAGUGGUAUUUAAUGGUGGAAUUUUUCAUGAAGCUAUUAAAGGAAUAGUUAACAAAAGGUUGUUUCUAAAGAUAGAGGAUAAAAUUUUUAAAGACGCUAUAGCAAGUUUUGUAGAGGACAUACAUGAUAUGGCUAGAAAAUUCAUGUGGAGUGAACGAUGUAAAAGUUUUAAUGAAUGGGAAUUAAGACAGGGCAUAACGAAACAGAUGAAAAAAGCGAGUAAAUUACAUCAAUCUUCAUUACCUAGUUUGGGUCAUGAUGAGAAAAAAAGAAAACUCUUUAUUUAUGAUGCUUUACAAAGAUGGACAGGGUAUUAUAUCAAUAACGAUAUAGUAGCUAAAAGUAUUUGGUAUGAAAUAGGUAUAGAAGAUUUGUGGAAAUAUUAUACUUUAGUUACGUUUAGAUCUUCUAAUUAUGCUUCUAAUUUUAGUAUUUUAGAUUAGGUAAUA